AUUCGAUACAGCGUUUAUAACAGUUAACAACUGCCAAAAGUAUUACUUUAUUUACAACUUAAACUUAUUUCAGUGAAAUUAAACCACUUUCAUCGACUACAAAUACUAAAUAAAGAUAAUCUAAAUAUAUGUUAUUUUUACCGCCGGAAAUUUCCAGCUGUAUUUUAUUCAGUAUUUUAAUCAUCCGGAGGCUAUGCGAGUUCAUUUUAUUACGGACUCAUACCAUGAAGGAAACAGUGGUUAUUUUAGCAUGUUGUACACAACUGACAUUUUCAUCUCCUAUUGCUAUCCGAUGUGGAUUGACAUGGUGUGAAAAUGUUGGGUACGAAUCCUGUAUUCGCCCACCGGAAGUUCGUACAGAGCAGGACGCGGACUGCUACUCGUGUCAGAAGCUGGAUUUGGUCGGUGACCCUUGUGACCCCGCAAACACAAGACAGGGUUGCGUCUUGUAUUGUACAGACAAGGCUAAAGAAAAGGAAAAACAAAUAUGGAACGAUGUGCAGUGGUCUCUAAACCUGACGUGGCAGCGUCUUUUCGAAGAAAAAGACAACAAUGUCACGAUGUUACAUACCGAUGCGGAAGAAAAUGCGAGAAGACUAGACGAGGCGAACAGAAAGAUAAAACUCUUGGUGCUGCUCUUUCCAGCGCUUCUUACGCUGUGUUUGAUUGGGCUGUUCAUAGUGCUAUGUGUUUGCUGGAAAUAUCGCAAGUAUCAUCAGGUGGAGAUAAUUAAUGUCGUCCAACCAGACGAAAACUCGACAAACACCGGGUCAUAUUCAGAAUCGCAUUCAGAAUCCGUCCAACCCGUGAAUGAGUCCAUUGCCAGGCCCAGUGAGUCGGUUGAAUUAAUCGAAGCAAGCGCCGAAGUCACCCGUGGGGGCAUUGGAGUCGGCGAACGAGAAUCACACAAUUCUUCAGCAAUUCAAUUCGACGCAGAUUUACGCGACGGUCGACUGAGUAACGUUUCUCCACAACAAAAUGACAGUCCGUUAAUGUAUACGGGAUCUCGUUCAAUGCUCCGUACAAACGAACUGACAUUGUGUGCCUCCUCAUAAUAUAAACUACGUUUACCGGUUAAGAAGAAUAUUUUGUUUCAACCAAAAGGUCGACAGCUUACGUGAAUUGAUGACGUUAAUACUUUAGAUUAAGAAAAAACUUGUAUACUUGUAGACAGGUAUCAAAUAAUCAAAACUCAUCAUUGUCGAAAUGGUGGAUAUGUCGAUUUUUAGUUCGGUACACUGUGUCCCUUUUGUUUUAAAAGUAAAUUAUCAUUCGGACAG